AUGGCUUUGAAUGGCAGUCUAGACAUGGCAACUAUUGAUGUGCUGGAAACAGAGCAUCAGAAGGCUUUUGUACAAGCUUUGAUGAGAGUAUUGGAAACAGAUGUCGCGGAAAGGACAUUCGCGGAGAUCAUCGAUGGGCUCCCUACGAUUGAAUCGUAUCAAGACUUCCACUGGCCUCAAGAAGGCCACCCCGCCACUCAACAUCUUGAGCUGUGCCCGGGUAUGAUUGAAAAAGCUCGCCAGCUACGUUCAGACCUCCCUGUUACGAGUUUGACAUUCAGACUGCCAUGUAACGAGCUUUACCUCCAUGCCAGUCGACGAGUAGGCCCCUAUACUUUAUUCCCCCUUACAACGGCCCAGUUCGAGAGAUUCGUUGACUUCCUUCUGGCUGAUACAGAAGAGUCUGCUGCAUCGCGAAGUCCUCUCCCAUUCAGAGCAACGUCGGAGAAUCGUUGGCGGUGGCAUAGCUGGGAUGCCAUAACCCGAUAUCACAUAUUCCGUGACAAGUAUGAGCGAACCGUCCAACCUACAAAACCAACUGGCGGCGUCAAGUCUUCGGUAGACUGGCCGGAGAUUGCUGAUGAGCUGUAUCUGAUCGGUGCAAUGCACGAUUAUUGGGAUGGCCAGCCGGUAGAUAAGGAUAAGGUUCGUGAGGCUUUGGAGAAUUUACAACAGGUCACUCCAUCUUCGCCAGUCUGGUCAACUAGGAACGCACAUACAUGGACCAAGAACCUUUUUGAAUAG